AUGUUAAAAAGAUAUUUUCUUCAGUUUCUUUUGAUUACUUCUGCGUUUUCAGCUCCACAGAUUAACGAGAAAUGUCAAGAAAGUGCUGAUAAUCUUGAGCAAGCAUGUUCUCUAGCUGAUGAAGAUAAACCUUUUGUGGGUCAUUCUAAUGAAAAUUCUCCGGAUUUUUGGCAGCUUUCCGGCCAGAAAACACUUGAAGAUAAUAUAAAGAAAUCUAUGAAUGAAAACGUUGCAAAAAAUUUGAUUAUUCUAGUAGCAGAUGGCAUGUCGAUCCCUACACAGAUGGCAACAAGGAUGUACAUGGGAGGUGAAGAGAAAGUUUUGUCUUUUGAGAAAUUCCCGUACGUUGGACUUUCAAAGACAUAUUGUGUUGAUAGUCAAGUGGCUGAUUCAGCAUGCUCAGCGACAGCUUUCUUAAGUGGAAUUAAGACAAACUUUGGAGUGGUUUCUUUAGAUGCUUCUAAUAGAAGAUACAAUUGCAGUUCGAAAUCUGUCAAGAAAAAUCAUGUUGAAUCAAUUUUUAAGUACGCUCAAGAUGCCAAGAAAGCAACUGGAUUUGUUACAAACACAAGAGUCACCCACGCAACAACAGCAGCAAUUUAUGCGAAUUCUCCUUCACGUUAUUUUGAGAAUGAUUCGCAAACACCUCCAGGUUGCGACGAUAUCGCAUUGCAAUUAAUUCACGGGAAUAUUGGAAGAAAUCUUGACGUUGUCUUAGGUGGCGGUUAUCGAGAGUUCCUUCCAGCCGACAAAUAUGAUCCGCAUGGAAGAGUUGGAGUUCGUACCGACAAUAGAGAUUUAAUUAAAGAAAUGCUUUUGACAACACGUCGCUCAGACUUUGUUUACGAUCGGAAUUCUCUGAAAAGAGCCAACGUCAAAUUCAUCGAUAAACUCUUUGGUGUUUUUAGCAAAAGUCACAUGAAAUAUCAUUUGUUUAAUGAUAAAACUGUCGAACCGACAUUGAUUGAAAUGACGUUAAAAGCCUUGCAAAUGGUGGCAAAGAAUCCAAAUGGUUAUGUGCUGUUGAUUGAGAAUGGAAGAAUCGAUCACGGUCAUCAUAAAAAUCGAGCUAAAUUAGCACUUGAAGAGACUGUGCAGUUCCACAAUGUUGUGAAUUAUGUUAAAUCACAAGUAGAUGAAAGAGAAACUUUAAUUGUUGUCACAGCAGAUCAUUCACAUACGAUGACAGUUAGCGGUUAUCCAAAGAGAAGGCAUGACAUUCUCGCACUUGGAGGCUUCUCACCUGAAGAUGAAAUGCCGUACUUUACUCUCUCUUAUGCAAAUGGAAUGGGAUUCUCGCAACACUUUAAUGAAAGUGGAAGAAACAAUCCACUUGACAUGGACUUCAACGAUCCACUCUUCAUGCAUCCGACAACGGUUCCCUUGAAUGAAGCGACACAUGCUGGGGACGACGUCGGUGUUUAUGCCAUCGGACCAUAUUCGCACCUCUUCACAGGUGUUUAUGAACAACAUUACAUUGCGCACGCGAUGAUGUAUGCGACAUGUCUUGGACCGGAGAAAUUUACAAAGUCACCGUCAUGUGAUGAGUCGAAUGUUAUCAAGAUUUCAUUCAUUUUACUUGCCUUCAAUGCACUCACAUUUUUUAUGUUCUGA